CACACACACACACACACACACACACACAGCUGGUGGUCCCCGGAGGAGGAAAGUUUCUUCAGCUGCGGGUUAUGACGUUCAUUUCCUGUGACGUUGUUCAAGAUCUGAUGGUCUGAGGCCGAGUUUCUGUUUCUGUCAUGAUCAGUGAGUUUGUGUUCAGCGCUGUCCACCUGAAGGUUGAUCAUGAAACACAGCGCAGAUCUGCAUCAUGCAUCUGGUGCUCGAAAGUCUGCGGCUUCAUCCUCCUCCUCGUCUUCAUCAUGGUGUCUUACGUGCUGUCCAGCGAGAGGAAGACUCUGCUCUUCGCUCCGUAUCUGAUGGAGGAGGACCUGAGUGAAGACGCCCUCAGAGACGUGGUGCGCAGCAUCGCAACUAAAGUGAAGUUCAGAGCCAGACGGGUUCCUGACGUCAGCGAGCUGAUGGGCCUCGAGGAACACAUGUUCUCUGUGGUUCCGCGGCGCUUUCUGCCGGACGUUAAGAACCCCUGCUGGUUCGAGGAGGUGUGUGGAGACGUGAGCGCGGAUCCGUACAGAUCAAACCUGUUCGGUCGCUCCUUCAGACAGAUACAGCUCAUCUUUGAGCAGCUCAGCGGCUCCUUCAGACGGCGAUUAACACGGCGUGAUGGGAAACUGCAGCGGCUGCGCUGUCUGCCCUACUUCUACAUCAUCGGCCAGCCCAAGUGUGGCACGACGGACCUGUACGAGCGCCUGAGGCUUCAUCCGGACGUCCGGCUCACGCCACCCAAAGAGCCGCACUGGUGGACCAGGAAGAGGUUCGGUAGGUUUGUGUGCGUGAGUGUUUCUGUGUGUCUCUCAGAGAAGCUGCUUUCAUCUCACUCUCACUACCAACUAAACACACAAACCAGAACUGGAUUAAAAACAGUGGAAACAAACAGUUCUGGUUUGUGUGUUCCUGCCAGAAGCGUCAGCAGAUCCUCACGGAGUCUGAUGGGAACUGAAACACAGAUAAACUCGCUCAUCAGAGCACAGUGUGUGAUGUUUCUCCUCAGGCUGUAUUCAGAUUAUUUGUACUUCGGCACGUCUAAUAAAUCAGCGCUGGAUUUCCAUCAGAAGGUGUGUGAGUCUCUGCGGAUGUUCGAGGGCUGUCUGCGGGGCGCCGGGCUGAGAGCGUGUGUGUACAAUAGCACACUGAACAACGCCAUGAGCGUGCGUCUGCAGGUGGGCCUAUACGUGGUGUUUCUUCUGGACUGGAUGUCAGUGUUCAGCCGUGAUCAGCUCUUAGUUUUGCGUUUGGAGGAUCAUGCUUCAAACCUAGAGCUCAGCAUGAGCAGGACCUUCCGCUUCCUGCGCUUAGGAGCGCUGUCUGACCAGAGACAGAGACAGAUCAGCAAGCGUCCCACGUCGAACACCAGACAUCCGUCCGACAGGGAUCUGGGCCCGAUGCGUCCCAUCACACGAGAGCUGCUCGCGCUGUUUUACGCUCCGUUCAAUCAGAGACUGGCAGAGGUCCUGCAGGACGAGUCGUUCACGUGGGACGGUCGCUCUGAACACACGUGACGGCCGUGUGAUGUUCCUGGAUCUCACAGACACCAUGAAGUCUGUCCGACAGCAAAUGUGGAAGAAUCUGGCUUUUAUCUGUACUUUUAAAUGGAUAGUUCGCCCAAAAUUAUUUACAAAAAACCCUAAAGAAGAUAUUGUGGAAAAAUUGGAAACUGAAUAAGUUUGGACCCCAUUGACUUUCACUGUAGGGAUGAAAACCACUGAGGCGUUUCUCAAAACAUCUCAUUUGUGCUCCAUAAAAUAAAGACACGAGGGUGAAUAAAUGAUGACAGAAUGAUCAUUUUUAGGUGAACAAUUCUUAAACCAGCAGCCUAUAGAUGAAAGCUAAAGCACUAGAAAUCCAAAAAUCGCUUUAUAUCACUUGAUCUGCACUGAGCAUGUGCGGAGUUUAUCCUCACGUUUCCUUCACUCUGUCUGACUGCUGAACACACAACAUUAACAAAAACAGCUGAUGCUAACGAAAAGAUCAAAUUCAAAAAAGAUCAGCAGCAACAAAGCAAAACAGUAUUUCACGAGUUCACACUUACAUAGGUUUUGUGUAUGUGGCGUGCUGUCCGAGGGGAGGGAUGCUAGAAAACACUCAAGGAACAGAAGCAAGUCUGCUGUGUAUAUGUAGCUCUUAUCUUGUUAAUUGAGUUGGUUACUGAAUGAGCUCUUCUCGUGUUAAUUAAGUUAAUUAUCUGAACAUGCUCCUCCCGAUAAUAAUUUAAUCAAGCAGUUUUGAGGCUCAUAUGAAUCUAAAUUAACAUAAAAAUAUAUUUUUUGCUGAGAUUAGAUGUAGUGACACAAUUUUGCGUCGUGAUUACGUAAGGACGUGAUUGUAUGACAACGUCCUUUAGCAACAAAUCGACCUUCCUUUAACAACUUC